GUGUAUCAGUCGCGAAGGGGAUGAGCGAUGUCGCUGUCCUGGGGGCCCUGGCGCGUCCGGGCCCGGGGGGAACGACGGCGUGUUCCUCCUCCCGACGCGUCCUGGUGGCGCACUGGCGCGCCGUCCUGGCGGCGCUGCGGCUGGCGGGGGUCCUCGGCUGCAGCGGCUGGCCGCCGCGCUGGUCGCGCCGGUGGACGCGCUACGGCUGCGCGACUCUGGUGGCGUUCACUGCGGCCAGAGUCGCGCUCUUCACCCGUCAGUUCUUCCUCGCGUUCAAGCCUCAGGUCGAGGAAGCGCGGAAAGGAUUGUAUCCUGGCGAAAUGUCGUACAUUUUCUGGCUCGACACCUUCAACCUGGGCAUGCAGGGCCUCACAAUAAGUCUGACCCAGGUGGUUAUGUUGCUCUAUUCCCGCGAUGUGAGUCUGCUCGUCAGGGCCGUGUUCCUCUACCUACACUCCUUCCCGGGCCCGCGGAACAAGAACGCGCACAGGCACGCCGCCAUGGCGUGGUUCGGAGCCAACUUCACCUUCUACGCCGUUUACGGCAUGAGUUAUACUCAUUUCACCCAAGACGACUGGGAACGCGUGUUUUAUAUUUUAAACGACCUGCUGCCACACGUGCUCAUCGGCGCGACGCAGGACUCGUUCCUGCACAUCGUGGCGGCCAACGUCGACCUCUUGGCGUCCGUCGCCGACGGCGUGCUCGAGCACGUCGCGGCGUUGUCGCACCUGGCCCAGUCCGCGGCGCCCUGCACCUGCUCGUCGACAUGCCCCGCGCACCGCGGCCGGGUCCCCGUGCUCCUCGGCGAGCAGCGCGCCGCGCGCGGCCUCCUGCACGGCCUGCGCGCGCUCCGGGUGCGCUACCAGGGCGUCCAGGACGUGGUGCGGGCCACCAACCGGGCCUACGGAGGGUUCAUCCUGCUCGCCAGCACGACCGCGCUGAUCGGCGGGGUGGCGUUCCUGUACUCCGGGGUGAUAGUCGUCAUCACGUUCGCCGGGAUGCUGGGCGAGUACAAGGAGCCACUCCCCUUUGACGCGCUCGACGGCGCCUGCGCCCUGGCGUUGGGCACAUUGCAGACCGCCAGGCUACUAUUCACGUGCGCCAUUGGAGAACAGAUGAGUUUGGAGAGUUUCAGGAUUUCGAGCGCCUUGCAGACGGGGUUGACCCGUCAUGCAGGCAUAGACCCUCGGAUCGAGCGCGAGCUUCAAUGGUUUAUCCGACAAACACAGAUGCAGGAAAUCCGGUUUGGAGCGUUCGAUCUCUUAUAUUUCGAUUUGAAAACUAUGAACAGAAUCAUUGCCGCCAUCAUGACAAAUAUCGCCAUUUUAGUACAAUUUUCUGCACUUUCAGCCGGAAUCACACAAUGUAAUUAGGCUUAUUCGUCCAACCAAACUUUCCGAAACAAAACUAUACCAAACGACGUAUUUUAUCUAUCGAUCGUACCCUACGGUGUAUGCCAUUUUCCGGCGCUUCGUAGAGCGAAAAAGAUCCGAAAUAGACGCGAAAUAGUCGGUGAAAUGGUCGCUAAAUACCCCGAAAUGGCAGGGAAAAUGCCACGAAAUUGCCCGUGCGCUACGAGCUCAAGUGAUUUCCCCCUCGGUGUUGAGCCCUUCGCGAGGCUAUAAGCGAUGCUGAAAAUAGACCUGGCAUAUCUUACCGUACUGUUUUCCAACUCAGCUU